AAAGGCAUGGAUAUUAUUAGAAUUUCAUUAGAAGACAUAAAAUAUGCCACAGAUAAUUUCAGUGAUGAGAAGUGCAUUGGAAGAGGUGCAUUUGGGAAGUUAUUCAAAGGACAACUUCGACAUGCUAAUGGACAUAAAAUCAUUGCUGCAAAGCGGUUGAAUACGAUGAAUGGUGAAGGAGUUCGCGAUUUUUUUCUAGAGCUAAAAAUUCUUCUCAAGUUUACACACAGGAAUGUCAUUGGUUUAGAAGGUUAUUGUGACGAAAUGGGUGAAAAGAUUAUUGUUUAUGAGUAUGCGCCUAACUCAAGUCUCGAUAAUCUGCUAAACGACGCUAGUCUUACAUGGAAGAAACGGCUUGAAAUAGGCAUUGAUGUUGCAAGUGGGUUGGAUUUUCUUCAUGGAGGUGUUCUAAGACGAGAAAUGGUGUUACAUAGGGAUAUGAAGAGUAGUAACAUUCUACUAGAUAGGAACUGGAAAGCGAAAAUUGCUAAUUUUGGGCUUUCCUUGAUAAGUCCAAAUAUUCAAGAUACCAACUAUGUCAUAGAGGAGGAUCCUGCAGGUGCAGGGUACAUCGACCCAGCAUACCUGAAAACACAUACAAUAAGCAAAGCUGCUGAUAUAUAUUCAUUUGGUGUGGUUUUAUUUGAGAUUUUGUGUGGGAGAUUGGCGAUUCCAACAGGUGUGGAUGUCCAGGAUAAAGAACAAUAUCUAGGUCCUUUGGCUAAAAACUUCCAUGAGAAAAACAAACUUCAAGAGUUCGUGUUUGAGGGUAUAAAGGAACAAAUUGUGCCACAAUCAUUAUCUACGUUUGCAGAUAUUGCGCAUAAAUGCUUACAUGAUGAUUGGCAUCAGCGGCCAACAGCAAGUGAGGUGGUUGCACAGCUCAAGGAAGCGAAGGAAUUCCAAGAGGAUUGUGGAAUAUGGGAGCCCAAACUGCCUAGUGACUACAAGGAAAUAAUCCAACAGUCGAAAAUCCCGGAGAUCUGCUAUACCAAAAAGAAAGAGGUUGUUUACAACAUGUUACAUACAGGAAUCCUCAUUCAAAAUGGCAACGUGUGGUUUUCGUUGGACGGUAAUAACAACAGAAAUGAGAUGAUUUCAGCAAAAUUGUUUACAUACAAAAACCAAAGUUCACAAAAGUGGAUACAUAAACGAAGCUCAAGGUAUAACAUAUUGCAUACUUCUAGUUUUCUGAAUAAAAAGAGUUUUCUUAUGAUCUCUCCCUGUAAGUAG